AUGCAGGCUACACCAAGUGCUCCUCCAGAUGUCGAGCAAGCGGGACCAAAGGCUAAUCUUCAGUUCAGUAAUCAGACCAUACGAUCUCGUUUUGUCUCCAAAGUUUUUACCUUGGUAACGAUAAUGUUUACCAUUGUCACAAUCAUGUGUGCUAUGCCUUUCAUCAUUCCAUCAUUCAAGGAUUGGAUUCAGAACAAUUUGGUCUUCUUCUUUGUUUCACUGUGA